AUGUCUUCUUCACUGCAGGCUAGCCCGCAGUUGAAUCCUCCGCAGCUUGGAAGCCAGUACAUGCAUCCCCCCACGUCGAACGGCCAGCAGUAUCAUCCUCCCGGAUCCCCUCUGUCACCAGUACAAUACCCCCAUGGAGGAGACCAUUCGGGCUACAAUGAGAGCUCGCCAGCCUCGCAGCGUCUGCAUCCGUCUGCUGCGUCACCGGGAAUGAGUGGCAGCCAGGAUUACGCAUCGCCGGUCACUCCACCAGGCAAGCCUGGCUCCACCAGUCCGCGAGCCCGGCCAGGGACCGCCGAUAAUAGCUAUGGGAGCCCUCCUAUUCCUCCACCGCGCUCCUCGUCCAACAACAAGGCCCAUGUUAGUCCGCAGGAUGUCUCGUCCAGACAAGGUAAACGUCGUGAGAACGGCAGGAGCCAUGGCGAUAGCCAGCAGAGAGCCAAAGAUGAUAUGAGCCCUCCCAGCAGCAAGCCCCGUCGUAAGACCCCCCAUUCACCAGAGGGCCCGCAGAGAGCUGCGAGUACUCGAGAGCCGAGGGACUACUCCAACGUCGGUGCGCUCGAGAGCCGAUCUGAAGCUGCUAUGGGCCCCAGCUCUGUUCCAACUGGGCCUGUGCAUGAACCAAGUGUCGUGCUCGAUCGCAUGGUCGUGACAAACCCGGACAUUGAUAUUGCGCGAGCACAGCAACGCCAGGAAAAUGUACAUAUUGAUACCAGACACGGUACUACUACCUCCGGAUAUCCUGACGAAGCAGACCUCCAAGAAGAUGAGGAUGAAGGAGCGAACAUCCCCAAGAGUAGACAUGAUGGCUCCAGCGGAAAGCGAAAGGAAACCUCCUUUGGCGACUAUAUUCUCGGCCAGACCCUCGGAGAAGGUGAAUUCGGCAAAGUGCGACUUGGCUGGAAACGAGACGGAAGCGUACAGGUUGCCAUCAAACUGAUCCGCCGUGAAACCCUGGGUUCCAAUCCUGGCCGGCUGCCCAAGAUCAACCGUGAAAUAUCCGUUCUCAAGAAGCUUUCCCACCCAAACAUUGUUCGCAUCCAUGAAAUCGUUCACACAGACCGCCACAUUGGCAUCAUCCUCGAGUACGCCUCGGGUGGUGAACUCUUCGACUACAUUCUUAACCAUCGCUACCUAAAGGACAAUGCCGCUCGUCGCCUGUUCGCACAGCUAGUCUCCGGAGUUGGCUACCUUCACAAAAUGGGCAUCGUCCACCGUGAUCUCAAACUAGAGAAUUUGCUUUUAGACCGAAACCGCAACAUUAUCAUUACAGAUUUUGGGUUUGCGAAUACAUUUAACCCAAGUGACGAACUGAGUGAGGAGAUUGAAUACAAUCUCACCAACCGAGACUUUGUCAAGCAGAUGCGCCUGGACCGCACUGAUGCCAACGGACUCAGACGAGGAGACCUCAUGCAGACCAGCUGUGGCAGUCCCUGUUACGCUGCUCCCGAACUUGUCGUUAGUGACUCGCUCUACACAGGGCGAAAAGUGGAUGUCUGGAGCUGUGGUGUCAUUCUCUACGCCAUGCUAGCCGGGUAUCUCCCCUUCGAUGAUGACCCAGCAAACCCAGACGGAGAUAAUAUCAAUCUUCUGUACAAGUACAUCGUGACAACUCCUCUCACAUUCCCUGAAUAUGUCACUCCGCACGCCCGUGACCUCCUACGCCGCAUCUUGGUGCCCGACCCUCGAAAGCGUGCCGAUCUCUUUGAAGUCGCCCGUCACAGCUGGCUUGCUGAAUAUGCCACGGUUGUCUCUCAUAUCACUAGCAACACUACGGAUGUAGCAGACAUUGCAAACACAACCGUUCCCUCAGGUAUGCUUAUUUUUCAGUUUUCCCCUUUCACCAUUGGCUUGGUCGCUGACUGCAAUCAUGUAGAAGAAGAAAAGAGAGACACACCGCUUCUCGAGCGCAGUGCAUCUGUCCGGGAACCACCAAAGCCUCAUCAUGUACAGAACAAUACUGCCGUCCUUGGUGGGCUUACCCAGCAGCCAGGACAGGUGUCACAGACGCCAGAAGAGAAACCUAAACGCACUCGAGAUGCCAAACGUAGAACUGUCCAGGUUGAAUACGUUGCUCCUCAGUCAUCAACCGCUCGAGGUGGCUCCACUUCCGAUCAGCAAAGCUCUCCUGGCCAAGCAUCCUCUGUUGCUCCAGUUUCAGCUCCAACUGCGGCUCCCGCAGCCACUCGCACAUCUGCUGCGUCAACCGGCGCCAUCAAAGGCGAGCCUCAGCUCGACAAGCCGCUUCCCAGACCUGUUAUUGAUCGUAACCGUGAGAGAAUGGGCUAUACCAACAAUUAUGCAGACCGCAAUCAAGGUAUGACGAGGCCAAAAUCAAGAGACGUUGCACGGUCUGUAUCAGAAUUAACUGGUGCUUUCUCUGGGACUCAAGGUUCCCAAAUCCCUACAGGAAGACCCCAGACUGGAGGCUCCAUGGCUUCGGCUGGUCGAAUGGAUUCUCGGCUGCCAUCCCGAGGGUCUUACAGUCAACCUGUUGCACCCGCCGUUGCUGCUACCAACGUACAAGGAAAGCUCGCACAGCCAAAGAACGGCAAGGCAUACAACAUUUCAGCCCCUAUGCCUGCAUCGCAUGGACAGAUUUCCGCGUCUGUGGGCCAUCCAACUACCAUUUCUGGUGCCCCAACUGGACCAGCUCAGCAGACAUCAAAGAGCCACAAGCGAUCCAGCACUGUUACUAGCAUCAGUGAGAAACUUUUUGGGAGACCAGCAUCCUCUAUCUUCGGCGGUAAAUCUUCUACCCCCGGUUCUCCUCGUCUGAAGCAAGGCAAGCGUUAUCCUCCUACCAGCAUGAAGGAUCCUUAUGUAAUGAUGGACGAACCACGCGCAUCCAUCGAUUCCAGACGUUCCAUCUCGCAUGCCUUUAGGAGACAGAGUGAUGCUCAUAAUGUCUCUCGUCCCCGCCGAUUCUCCCUGCUCCCCACAUUUUCAAAAUUCUCCUCAAGCAAAGAACAUCAAGCUGUCGAAGAGCCUGGUCCCACUCAUGUUGAUGAUUACAUGUAUUCCCAGCAAGCAGAACAGCAACCACAGCAGCAACCCCAGCGAGAGCGGCGUUUAUCCACCGCUCCUGCAGCUGUGCCUGCAACUCUGGCACCAACCAACGAUCAAGAUAGCGACCUGUACAAAGAUCGAGUUUCAGUCUCUAGAGACCAUCAAAUUGAUGCACUAAACUUGUCUGCUCAGAUUGAUCGUCAGUUUGCUAAUCUACACAGCAGCCAAGAGGGCCAGAUCAAAAAUACCUUUGAGCCCACUUAUCCACAAUCCCAUCCGCGUGAUGAUCAAAUGUUCGGCAUUGCAAGCUCAAGCUCUCAGCCACUCCAACAGCAAGGGUAUCCCGAUGCUCAUUCUCAAGGCUUUGACCAGGACCACCAGCCACCGCAACAAUAUGAUCAUCAGUUUGACAAUGGUUCUCGCCCAUCAAUGCAAGCAGGCCGACAACCAAGAAACAAUGUUCUCCAGAAAGGCCACCGCAAGUUUGCCGAUGCUUAUGAGUUCGAGCAGGCUCCUUCGCAUACCUCCGGAAGCUCAGGCGCUGCGAGAAAGGUGAUGGAUUUCUUCAGACGACGUGGAAAAGCCAGAGCUGGUGAAGACCGGUAG